AGCACGGUUUGACUUAUCCUCACAUUUCUUUUCUUGAAUCCAGACUUCUUCAUGUGCCUAUAGUUUCGGCAACCUUCAAGUGACACCGGCGGCCUACAGCCCAUUACAAUGAUCGAGAGAUAUUAGACGAGCACUAUCAAAAUCUAGACUCGAGCCGUACUAACCGAGGAACCAUGGCCGAAGUCGACUCCCUAGAUGGUAUUGCUGAUAGAGCACCCGCAAGGAAGAAGACUACAGCGUGCCGUCGAUGUCACUCACGUAAGAUAAAAUGUUCUGGCGGGACUCCAUGUGAUGGAUGCGUUUCUUCACGCCAUGAGCAUUGUACAUACGUUUCGAGAAAUCGCAAAGUUAAAGUUGCGGAAAGAUAUCUGCAGCAAGUCCUUGCCGAGAAUGAGCGAUUAAAACGAAAUACGGCGACAGUAAGAUCUACGUCUCCUACCACAGGGAUAACAGAUGUCCCUCAUCUUCGACAAGACUCUUCCAACCCCGAAGAGAACUUAAGCAACCCCCUCAUGCAGGACCGGGCCUGGUUUGUACCGUAUGAUGUUGCCAAUCCUCCGGUAUAUAUCGGCGAGGCAGCCUGUACCGCAUUUGCCACCCGAUUCCGCCAGGCUCUUGUCGAAUUUCAAGGAUCAGCUCCUCAUAUUCCAAGAAUCCAUUACGCCCAAGAUGAUAAUCUAUUCUCCGCCUUGCAUUCGCCAGUGUCGUGGCCAAGCAGAGCUCAGGCCCAAUUACUUCUCAAGGUUGCUUUAAUUAAUAUCAACCGAUCAUUUCAUGUUGUUUUAACAAAGCCAACCCUAGCCAGCCUAGACCAAUUAUAUCAAGACGCAAGACCUCCAGGUACACUUGCCACUUGUAAGUUCUUUGCACUUUUUGCACUUGGAGAGGUUUACUCUAGCAGGGCAGUGAUACCAUCGGAGGGCAAGUUUCCUGGAGUGUCGUACUUUAUGCACUCGUGCAGUCUGCUCCCUAUUCUUCCAGAAAGAGCGACUUUGGAGCAUAUAGAGAUUUUGAUACUCCUUUCAUUCUUCUCACAUAACCUGAAUAGGAGAAACUCUGCUUAUUUGUGGAUCGGAUCGGCUCUCCGUCUUAGUCUGACGCUUGGUUUGCACCAUAAUUUUCCACGGACAAUAGCGAUGGACCCUGUGGCUAGGCAGCAUCGUGUUCGUAUUUGGUGGACAAUUUACAUUUGCGACAGGAUGUGGGGGUCAAAAUCGGGCCAUCCUUUAAUGAUUCCCGACAGGGACAUCACGGUUGAUUUACCCUCCUCCUCGGGCCUAAAUGACGAAGAACGGACAGCGUUUCCGGAUCCCGACCACAUAAUCGCUAGCAUUAAGCUCGCAAAGAUCGCUGGCAAUAUUAUAACGACAGUCUAUUGUAGAGGUCACCCGCCGCCAUUUAUACAGAGCGUUCAAAAGGUCUUGGGCGACCUCAAUGCAUGGAUGGCGGCUCUACCAGACUCGAUCAGACUCGCCGAAACUGCUGGCUGUACUUCAAGACACGUUGUGUCUCUGCAUCUCUCAUUUAACCAGUGUGUCAUACUCGCAACCCGUCCAGUCUUACUCCACGUAUUUACAAAGUCUCGCGAUGGUAGCUCUCCCACGAAUGAUAUGACGCCAGUUACGUCAACUCUUGCUGAUGCCUGCCUUCACACGGCACGACACUCAAACGAGCUUCUAACACAAUUGUGGAUAGAGGGAGCACUGUCAACCUUUGGAUACUUUGACGCCCACUACCUUUUCUCUUCGGCGGUAAUACUUGCGAUCUCUAGUAUUUCUGGUAUCGAUAGCAAGGACAAGGACCGUUUAGACUCUGCAGCUCAACUUCUACAGUCUAUGGCUGACAGUGGAAAUUUAUCAGCGACCGAGUUCUCUGGACAUCUGGAUCAAGUGAGAAGUGCCAUUAACGGAUCUCGCUCAGAUGUCUCUGCACCAAGCACGUUAGAGACAGAGCUAGGUAUACGUACCUAUAGUACCUUCAACGAUACAGUGAACCCUUUAACGGCCGAGAUGGCUUUACUUGAGCAACCUAUGCAGGACUUUAUUACCCAGGCAGAAUUUCCUUUUGAAUUCCCGAAUCCUGUGGAUUUGCUUCACGACACGAUGCUCUUAUUUACUUAAGCCCUGGUAUAGAACAGCGCUUCCAGCUAUCCCCACGGUAUCAACAUCCUGGCAUACCUGAAAACGGCGAAUGAACCGCUUAUCACCUGUCUUCGAAUUGAAUCGAAAGCGGGGGUCGAGAAUGUUGAUGCUAUCUGUGCUGUACCUAGUGUUAGGAUUAACGUCGUCGAUGGCGGUCUAAUUCUUCUCCUGCAUUUCUACAUGGAUCAAUUUAGCAAGACUGAGCGCGGGUCAGGCCAAGAAUAUGGCAGCUGGUGUUUCUGGAGUGGAGCAGCUCAGGGAGAUGAAGUACGCCGCUCUUACCAGUGUUGCCCGUCGAGCCGAUAAUAGGGAUUGUAGGAGCCAUAGUGAAUAUGUUGUGAGGAAACAAUGGUAAAGCUAGGGAAGCUGCAAUGAGUGCACUGGUGUCUGGAACGGAAUCACAUAAAUGAUUAGAUAAGC